GGGGUUUGUCCACAAAUUUCACUGGCUGGUUUGUGUCUUGGGGUAACAGGAGUGAGCUAGCUGAAAAGGCUGGUAGUGGAAGUAGAGAGUAGCCAACGUAUCACACUAACGCUAGCGGAUGCCAGUGUGAUUCAUGCUUUGAAUCCUACUCCAAAUUUCUCAAGCAGAGGGCACCCACGCAUCUGUCAGAUGAACUGGUACUGCAAAUGAGGUUUUAAGCCCCCUUCCUGGUAUUUUAACGUUUUUAUGCAAGUUGAAUCGUGUCUCCCUGUCCGUCCAUGAAAUGGUGCCAGUGGUGGUGUUGAUGAUGAAUGUGUGAGGAGAAAGUCCUGGUGAGUGGUCCUCUUGCUGCACCGCACACUUCCUCAUGGAUUCCAGCAAUGAUGAGGCACUUGAUAUCAUUGUCACCAAUGUGGUGGCGACCUUCAGGACCCGGUGCCACCUCAACUUGCGCACUAUUGCCUUAGAGGGGACCAACGUCAUCUAUAAGCCAGAAGUAGGGAAAGUCCUGAUGAAGCUUCGUAAGCCCAAGAUAACAGCCUCAAUUUGGUCCUCAGGGAAAAUUAUCUGCACUGGAGCAACAAGUGAGGAUGAGGCAAAGCUGGGUGCUCGCAGGUUAGCACGAUGUCUGCAGAAACUGGGCUUCAAGGUGAGGUUUUCAGCCUUCAAAGUCGUGAAUGUGCUGGCAGUGUGCUCCAUGCCCUUCGCAGUCCACCUCAUAGAUUUUACCAAGAACAACCGGCCUAUAGCCAGUUAUGAACCAGAGCUCCAUCCUGCUGCCACGUACAGGAUCAAAAAUCUCAAGGCCACUAUACAAGUGUUCUCCACGGGCAGCCUCACAGUUACAGGACCAAAUGUGCAGAAUGUGGCCACGGCUGUGGAGCAGGUCUAUCCACUACUGUUUGAGUGUCAGAAGCCCCUGUGUAAAUAAAGUAAAGAUAUGUUAAAGAAGACAGAAGAAGUGAAUGAAAGAGAUGGCAAGACUGAGGAAGCACCUUAUCUCCAGAUUUGUUUCCUUGAUUUUAUCACUACACGUCACAAAUGUCUAACACAGUCAGUGGAUUAGAUACCACCUGGAUCUUGGAAUUUAAAAAAAAACUCUUAAUGACCCACCACGAAGUCUUAAAAUCUCCCUCUCUCAAAAAUUUUAGUGUUGUGGAUUCUGUGGCUCUUGUUUUUUAUCAGCGUAAACAUGCAAAUGUCUUCCAAAACCUUCGACAGAAAUUGCUCCUCCAGACCUGACUUACACUAGAGGGUGUGGAGGUUAUUUUCCCUUGCUCUUUGUUUGCUAUGGGUGUUUUUGCAUGGACACAGAAAGACCCAUUGUCAGCAAUCUAACCAUUUUAAUACUAACCUUGGUGACCAUUUCGAAGAGUCCGUAUGUUAACACUGAGAAACCUCACCUUUAACCGUAUGUACAACAAGUUGUCCCAUUUGCCACUUUCUGUGGAAGACUCUCCGUCCACGGCUCGUUUGUUGAGGCGUUAACACAAAUACAAGGCAUCCACUGUUUUACCUGCGCGUUUGCUUAGAGAAAAACAGUUAAAACCAGACUGAGUCUGGCGUUCAUCUCUGAUUUUAAUUGUUUCCUCAUAUUUCCUUAUUUUGUACGGAUGUCAAUUCACUAUAAAUGUGUUCUUGUUUCACAGCUGUGACAUUGGAUCAGAGUUCACAGUUCAUGUUUUGUCACUUGAUUUCUUGUCAUUUUGUAAUAGUUUUAAACACAAGGUAACCUUGCAAAUAUUUAACUGUUAGGUUUGUUUAAUAUACAGAACAAGACUGAUGUCUUAAAUGUUUUGGAAGUCAUAAAAGCUUUUAAAAUAUUUUUCUUGUGGUGAGGUGUUGAGCCAUACACCUCAUAUUUGUUUUCACUUAACACAGCUAGGAGUUCCUGGUCAGUAAAGACAAUGGUGGGACUGUGACAAGGCAAGACCCAAAAGUAACACACACACUCAUUGAGAAAAAGUAUUGUAAUGUUUAAGUGAAUAACUCAUUACUACAAAGGCAUUCACAAUGUUUAGUCUUACAAAGUUGUAUGGCAGUUAACAGUGGCAUCUCUCUGAAGAUUUGGCAAAAUGUUCAGUGAGUGGAUUUUUAAAGCAACAUAAGACCACUAACAGUGUUCAGAGAAGACCAGUUGUCUGAAAAAUAAACCUUCCAGAGAUAUCCCUUCUCUUAAAUUACAGUGAGUGGAAGUGCUUUUAAAUGGAAACUGCAAUCCUAGUCCUAACGUGAUGGCUGACACUUGUGCUGGUUACUGCAUCCAUAGAGGUAAAAUGUAUGUAUAUAAGAAACACAUCUGAUGGGAAAGAUGUAACUCUUUUGACAUGAUGUCUGAAGUGUAUGGGAUGGAGUACUUUUUGAACCAGUGUCAACUUAAGAUUUGUGACACUUGUUCAGAAUUUUGUAUUUUGUAUAAAAUAAUAAAGGUUAAAGAUAAAAAGGCCAAAAACUUUCUUCUAUCUUCUUUUUCA